CUCGGCUCAUUCGCUCGCGGAGACUCCUCUCACAUCACAGCGUCCACAUUACAUCAACUUCAAAACACAUCGUUAACCCGGAGGAGAGGGGCUACUGCCGCGGACUGUGACGACUAACAGACACUUAAUCACCCAAGGGACACACACAGCCUCUCCGAGCCGUGUUGCUGCGACUGGUCCAGUUCCUGUCCAUCCAGUGAGUCCAGUGGCUGUCAGCCCAGUGAGCUGUUUGAGCUGUCUCAUAGCCAUGGAUUGCAUCAUUAUGGGACAAUAGCAGCGAGGAUCAAAACUCUCCCUCCUCCUCCUCCUCUUCAUUUUCCUCCAUCUCCCCCCUAUUCUUUUCCUCUCAGCCUGACCCUCCACUGAAUCCCUCCCCCUAACAAACACAAAGUCACCCGCACACACACACAUGCAAACCUCUGACCACUCCUCCCACGCUGGUCAUGGUCCACUCCCCCUGUCUCUCCAGCGAGUCAGUCAGAGAGUCGGUGGACACUGUGUGUAAUCCUGUGUAAAGCAUAGGCCCUAUACGGCUGCAUAUGCUCCCUUUUGUCAUGGCGGCUGUUGUUGUUGUGGAGGCCUCCCUCAGGAGAGAGCAUGAGGGAACACAGAAGGCAGCAUAAAACUCACAAAGGGAGGAAGAGAGAGCGAGUGAGAGACACUGACGCUGCCGUUUAUUUGACCAGAGGAGAAUGAGCUUCACAGGGCAACACAUGGAAUUCAAUGAGGGUGAGACCACAUGAUGUGGGACUGGCAAUACCACCCCAGUCCAACCACACAUUGGACCAGCAGUCGACUUUGGCGAUAUCUACCACAUAGUGAGCUGCGAAAAGUAAUGCAGUGAAAUAGAGAAAAGUAAACAAGACUUUGUUUUUUGUUUUUUGAUGAGAAUAUUUUUUUAUUUUUCCUCUCCUUGGUGUUUAUUUUUUAUAUCAGCUUACCAAAAGUGCCUUUUUUGUGUUACUUUUGCCAUUUUUCUUACUCUGCAUAAUCAUUCUCAAUAUUGCCACUCAUUAUCUACGUAACAAAACACAUAGUGAAAGUCACAUGCAGUGUGUGUUGCCAUAUUAUAGAUUAGGUACAUAGAAUAUUUGACUUUCUGCGUGGGUGUUAACAGCCUCUACACCAGCCUCAUCCACAGCUGACAAUCAUCACCUUCCUGAUUUUUUCUAAUCUUUGGGAACGCCUCAUUACAAACCCCGGCAUUAAAAACCACAGAGAGUCUUAUCGCUCCACACCAGUGAACUUUCUACACUGCCUCCUCUUGGCCUUCGUUGCUUUGACGACGCAGAGCUGUCGCCAUGGUCAGUAUCCACUCCAAAUGGCGCUACCUGUUCAUGUUCCUGGGCAUCCAGCUGGUUGUCAUGGCACUGCUGUCCCGAGAGGGAUACCAGAAAAGAGUCAGCUACUUCAUCCGAAUCUUCCGCAAACCAGACAUUGCUGGUGUCUCUGGUCGAAACCACACGCCUGCUAGUUUCGGCGGAAGUGACGUUUACGCCAACCUCUCCCACCUAUCCAAAGCUCAUAGCCAUGGAAACGAGAUGCCAUACUGCCCUAAGACGUCCCCUCUUAUAGGUGGGCCGAUCCACGUCAGCUUUCCGUCAGGGCUCACUCUGGCAGAGGUUCAGAGGAAAAAUCCCCUGGUGGUGCGCGGAGGACGCUACAGGCCACCAGACUGUGAGGCGAAACACCGGACAGCCAUCAUCAUUCCCCACAGACACCGAGAGCACCACCUCAAGUUCCUCCUGUACUACCUACAUCCUUUUCUGCAGCGACAACAGCUGCACUAUGGGAUUUACGUCAUUCACCAGGCGGGUAACUACACUUUUAAUCGGGCCAAGCUGAUGAAUGUUGGUUUCCGGGAGGCCAUGAAAGAGGAAGACUGGGACUGUCUCUUCUUCCAUGAUGUGGACCUCAUCCCAGAGGACGACCGCAACACCUACGUCUGCGACUCCAACCCUAAGCAUGCAGCCAUCGCCAUGGACAAGUUUGGCUACAAGCUUCCGUACAAGAUGUACUUUGGAGGAGUGUCAGCUCUGACGCCACUGCACUACCUCAAAAUGAACGGUUUUCCCAACAACUACUGGGGCUGGGGCGGAGAGGACGACGACAUCGGAGUCCGAGUGUCUCUGGCGGGGAUGUUUAUCACUCGUCCGACGCUGAAGGUCGGCCGCUACAAGAUGAUUAAACACAAGCUGGACAAAGGCAACGGUGUGAACCCAAAGAGGUUCAACAUGCUGGCAAAGACACGUAGUACCUGGAAGUUAGACGGGAUGAACACGGCUGAUUACGAGACAAUCUCACGGCAAUACCUGCCCCUCUACACCAACAUCACUGUCAACAUCGGCACCGAGGCGGGACUUCACCCCCCUCCCCCGACACCACGUCCUCCUGCCAAAGCUGCGGCUAAACCUGCGGUCAAAGCGCCUACAGAAGAGCUAGAGAAAAGCCCUUCCAAACUCAAAGAGGUCCCCUCAGAGAAACAGGCCACCCUGAGAGACCACUAGUCAUGUUUCAGCCUGUGGGAUGGUGGUUUUUCUUCUCAGUGGCCUGCUUUGUUGUGUGCUCAUUUUAGGCUUUUUCUUUCCAUCACAUUUUGGAGAAUCAACGUCAUGCUGCAUGCGGACAGUUGAUUUAAAAACCCUGACUUAAUAUAGAAUAAAAACAAUAGACCUGCAUCCCUCGACUUAAGGUGAGGGCUCUCCACCUCGGUUCUUCUUCCAUCACUUCUUAUUCUUCCAGGGGAGCCACAGUGAAGAGUGAAGGUCAAAGUUGGACUCUAUGAGUUUAUAUAUCUACAGCGCCGUGGUCGCUGCUUAAACCUGAUGAUGCCUUAGAAACUUAUUGUGAUUUCUUUCUUUCUUUCUUUUUUUGGUCGCUUCACUCGUACCUUACAUUCUUUACAGCGUUGAUAUCAAUGGAACAGUAGCUGCAGCUUCCAGCAGUCACACUGCGCCACUUUAAAGUCUGCUCUCUUUUUUUUUUCUUCUUUUCUUCCUCAACGCCCAUGAAUACACGAGUGAAGGAGACUGUUACUGUUUCCAGUCGGGUGUGUGAAGCUGCUACAAAGAGUGAAGGACAGAUUCAUGUGUAACUGUUGAUAUCAGUACUUCUUCUAAUGAUGACGCACAUAUCUUAUCUGUCUGCAAAUAUCUCGGCCCUGGUUUGACACGGCUUCGUCCUACACAGAGAUGCUGAUAUAUAUAUAUAUAUAUAUCUGUUUGGUUAGCGUACGCUAGGAUAAACUAAAUCUUCCUGUUCCCAAAGCGAUGGAUGCUGUAAACAUACAUUAGCCUUUUGUCAUGUUUAGUAUGAUUGAGGGUAAAGUAAAAAAACAAACAUUUGAGCUGUGUACAUGCAAAGCCAGGGCACAGACUCUUCUGUGUAGCGCUUUCACUUCUCAGAAUAUCAAAUAUCUUUGAUGUUUGAUUUAGAUUUUCUUUUUGGAGUAUUUUUGCCUUUUGCAAGCAGAGCAGGUGUUGGUGACCGCGAUCAGCCCUCUGCCUUCACAUGAGCUUGUCAUUCACAUCAAAAUGGAGUCUCUCUCUUGCUUACCUAUUUUUUUAAAAAUAGAUUAUAUCGAUUCUGUACAGUGUGCUAUGUGUGUUCUAUGUAAACGUGUCCACUGAGAGUGCUGGCUUGCUCCCUCCACAUCUCGUCACUUAAUCUUCAUGAUGUUCAUUGUUUUAGGAUGAUUUCUGCCCUCCUCGUUCCCGUUAUGUUUUCAAAACAUGAGAAAUGAACGGGAACAGUUAAUGUUGUUCUGUAAGAGGAGUCUCUUCUACGUCACAUUAGUGAAGAAGCACGAGCUGCUCCUACUUGUAGUAGCCAAAUAACAAGCUAGUCCAGGAGCUCGAGCCGAAAGCACAACCAGAGAAAUCUGUGAGAUCUCUGCUGAGUGAACAUGUAAGAUGUUAUUUUAUUACAAAACAACAAUAUGAUUUAGCAUGUUCAAGCUUCGAUCACAUUAAAGGAUUACAUCAUCUCUUUUCUGAGGAAAAAAGAAAAAGCUAAAUCUCUGACCGAGCUGGAACAUUUCUAAUUAUUAAGAAUUAUUUUGAUGAUCUUUUUCAAGCAAGAACAUCAAACGUCUGUUUCCAGCUUCUUAAAGAUCAGGAUUAAAAAUGUCUUCCUUAAAUAUACUAAAGGAAGAUGCUUUGGGUUUGGGACUAAUGAGUGGAGAAAGAGAAGCUAUUUGAAGGUUUCAUGGGGGAUUUCUGGGGAAUGGCAAUGAGCAUUUUUUUGAUUUUAUUUUUUUACAUUUUUUGAUUUCCCAAUAGACGUAAUGCUUAAUCAAUAAUUCAGAAUCUUUACUUGCAGGCGCUGGACUCAGACAGUCUGGGAAAUUUAAAUGAAAAUUGAGUUGUGUUUUUGAGAUAUCCUUGGAAUGUAUAUAGAACAUUUAAUUUUGUUUGUUUUUGUUUUAUUUUUCAGAAUAAUCAAAGUGUCACUGAGUUUUUUUUCACCCUCUUGCCAUUCCCUCUUCACUAGUGCCCAUAAACUGCAUGUGGACCCCCCCCACCCACCCCCUCCUCUUCACGCCUCCUCUCUGACAGAUUUGAUUGUGUUAAAAGAAAGUAGUAGUCCCUUUACCCUUUGAGUGCGGCCGUAAUGGCAGGUUGAAAAGGCUGAAACCAAAGAUGAAGGCAUUGAAAGUUGUGAUGAUGGAAGCUUUUGUGUUUUUGUGUGUGAGCUGUAUGAACCAUGAUUAUGAUUUAUUCUGUAUGGUUAUGGAGUCUAUCGUGUCUUCUUGUUAUUAUUUGUAGCCUCUUUCAAACCAUCGUGUAUUCAGUCUGAACCACACAUGACAAGAAAACUGAUUUUUAGGAAAGGGACAUGCAUGUUUUGUUAUUUUCUUUCUGAGAGUGGUUGCCUGUGGUUUUCAUAAAUAGACGACUAUAUACUGUAGUAUCACUCUGACGUGAAUUCAUAUCCAAAUCCUAUGGCCUUAGCAACACGCAGUACUAGUAUUUACCUACAGACAUCUGCAUAUCAGACUUAAUAUGCAUGGCAAAGAUCCUAUUAGUAAGGGAAUGUAUAGAGCACAACCUGGAGAUUAUACAUAUCAGUGCUCGCCCAGGAAACAUGCAGCAUGCCGCCGUGUCUGUGUCGUGAAAUGGAAUCUGUAUUUUUGUGACUUUAAAUGUAACUUUCCAUUUGCUGUGAGGAGUUUCAGGAUGAGAGUUGCAUUUUUUUUUUUUUUGGAGUAAAAUGUACAAAGGAAGCUUAUGUAGCGAGGUCACAGUGUACAGUCUUCAUCAUUUACUGUGUAACACUUUUGUUAGAUUUGACUCCGUUAUGAUGUGGAUAUUUAAGCUCUUCUGCAGCAAUAGCAAACAGUCACCACAGGGUAGUACUGGAGCAACCAAGGGCAAUGUGAUUUAGUGAGUUAUUUCUGCUCUCUUUAUGAAUUCUGCACAGUCCAGAGUGGCCUUAAAUUCAUUAAUAAACUGAUUAUCCAAACAAG